AAUGUAUACCCACCUCUCUCUCUCCUCCCCCACUCUCUCUCUAAAAGUAGUGCUUUUUCAUCGACAUUCACGCGGAUUACAGAUCGUUUACAGUAUUUGAACAAACCCUAGCAUCAAAAGUUUGUUUUUUUUUCUUCCAGUUUUUGAAUUUGGUUUCAGAAAUUCAAUCGAGUUUGAGUUUGUUGUAGAAACGGAUUUGGGGUUGUUUUUGUAUGUUUAGGGUUUUGAUUAUGAUGAUGAAAGUAUAAGUGAUGUGUUGCAAUCGGAAUCGGGUUGUUGUUUUUGUUCAAUUUUAUAUGGGUAAAAAAGAAUGCCGGAGUUGCGGAGUGGGGUAUGUCGGCGCCGUGCUCCUCCUCCAGUAGUUGAAACAAAACCCGAAACGAAGAAAAGGGUUGGUGGCGGUGGUGUUGGUGGUCGGAGUUAUAUAAAGACUCGUGCUGCUAAGGCUAAGGCAGCGGAAGCAGAAGCAAAGCUUGUGGAAGUAGAGGAAGAGGAAGUGAAGGAGAACGAAAACGAGAGAGUAGAGGGAGAAGAAGUUGAAGAAGAGCAUAAGAUGGGUGAUGAGAGUGGUGGUUUGAGUGCUAAUAAUAAAGUGACUGCACAGGAAGAUGAAAGUACUUCUCUUUUUCCUGAUCAGGUGCAAGUAGGAGGAUCUCCAGUUUAUAAGGUUGAAAGGAAGCUAGGUAAAGGUGGUUUUGGACAGGUGUUUUUGGGUCGCCGUCUUACCGGUGGAAAUGAACGUGCUAGUGGUCCCUUGGCUUUGGAGGUCGCACUGAAGUUUGAGCAUCGAAACAGCAAAGGCUGUAGCUAUGGCCCUCCAUAUGAGUGGCAGGUUUACAAUACUCUUGGAGGCAGCCAUGGAGUGCCUAGAGUGCAUUAUAAAGGACGGGCAGGAGAGUAUUAUGUGAUGGUUAUGGACAUGCUAGGCCCUAGCUUAUGGGAUGUAUGGAAUUCCUCUGGGCAAUCAAUGUCAGCAGAAAUGGUGGCUUGUAUUGCAGUUGAGUCAUUGUCGAUUUUGGAAAAGCUGCAUGCGAAAGGUUAUGUUCAUGGAGAUGUGAAGCCAGAAAACUUUUUACUUGGCCAGCCAUCAACACCACAAGAGAAGAAGUUGUUCCUAGUUGACUUGGGACUGGCCACAAAGUGGAAAGACACUUCAAAAGGGCAGCAUGUCGGAUAUGAUCAGCGUCCUGACACGUUCAGAGGGACUGUUCGCUAUGCAAGUGCACAUGCUCACUUGGGAAGGACUGCCAGUAGAAGAGAUGAUUUGGAAUCACUUGCAUAUACACUAAUUUUUCUUCAUCGAGGCAGGCUCCCAUGGCAGGGCUAUCAGGGUGAUAACAAAUCAUUUUUAGUCUGUAAAAAAAAGAUGGCAACAUCUCCAGAGAUGCUUUGUUGCUUCUGCCCUGCACCUUUUAGAGAAUUUCUUGAUACAGUAAUUAACAUGAAGUUUGAUGAAGAACCGAAAUAUUCAAAGUUAAUCUCUUUAUUUGGGAGCUUGCUUGGAGCUGAUCCUGCUAUAAGGCCGAUCAACACAGAUGGUGCUCAAAAGGCUAUUCAAGUUGGCCAAAAGCGGGGGAGACUAACUUUAAAUGAGGAAGAAGAGCAGCCUCAGAAGAAAAUUCGAAUCGGUGUUCCUGCGACGCAAUGGAUUUCAAUAUAUAAUGCCAGAAAGCCGAUGAAACAGAGGUACCAUUACAAUGUAGCAGACACAAGAUUGGCACAGCAUGUGGAGAAAGGGUCUGUGGAUGGUUUGUCUAUAAGUUGUGUAGCAUCAUGUUCUAGCUUAUGGGCUAUCAUCAUGGAUGCUGGAACGAACUUCACUAGCCAAGUUUAUGAGCUGUCACCUUUCUUCUUACACAAGGAGUGGAUUAUGGAGCAAUGGGAGAAAAACUAUUAUAUUAGUUCUCUUGCUGGUGGCAUAAAUGGAGCCUCUUUAGUAGUAAUGUCAAAAGGCACACAGUUCACUCAACAGUCUUAUAAAGUCAGUGAGUCAUUUCCCUUCAAGUGGAUAAGCAAGAAAUGGAAAGAAGGGUUCCAUGUGACCUCCAUGGCAACUGCUAACACUAGGUGGGCUGUUGUUAUGUCACGCAAUUCAGGCUUCAGUGAUCAGGUGGUAGAGCUUGAUUUCCUUUAUCCUAGUGAGGGUAUUCAUAAGAGGUGGGAUAAUGGUUAUCGUAUUACGGCAACAGCUGCUACGCCAGACCAAGCUGCUCUUAUCCUGAGUGUACCUCGCCGAAGACCUGGUGAUGAGACUCAAGAAACUCUGCGAACAUCUCAGUUUCCCAGCACACAUGUUAAGGAAAAAUGGGGAAAGAAUCUGUAUCUUUCUUGUCUAUGCUAUGGACGCACUGUAUCUUAAAACAAAUCGUGACCAAAUUGUUGUAACCCGACAUUUGGAUCUUAUAUCUUGUUGUUUCAUUGUCCAAGUGUAAAUGGAUGGUGGUGGUGGUAAGAAGUUAGAUGUGUCUUAGAAUGUUAUGCUAUAGGAGAACUUUUAGUUUGUCUUAAAAUUAUGAAAAUGUUGUAGCUGCUCUGUGUAACAGCUUUCUGCUUAUGAUGUUGUUGUUAUCCUACUAGUACAGGAACAAUUGUUCUUGCUGCAAUAAUUGUUUCGUGUACUCAAAUUUCUGGGGAAAGUUUUAAUGUUAUCUUUACCUAUCGAUUAUCUUGUUCUA